UUCAAUUAAUUCCAGCUUUAUUUCAGCAGAAAAAAAAGAAUCCCUAAGUCCACAUUUGAGGAAAAGGCUCAGAGAAUUUGCAUUAUAAACUAUAAGGAGAAUUCUAUAGCAGGAAUAUUAUUUUGAUAACAUUAAACUAUUUGAAAAAUUACCCAGGGAGGAAAUCAUCAUUCUUCAAUUUUAUAGAAACACAACUCAAGUGUUAACAUGAUGAAGAGGAAGCUGGGCGCCCAUGACAACCUGAAGAUCACUAUCCAGCAAGAUGGGAACAAAUUUACUGUCAAAGAAGCCAGUAACUUCCGUACCAUAGAGCUGGAAUUCACCCUGGGAGCCGAUUUUGACUACAGCCUGGCUGAUGGGACUGAAAUGAAGGGAAAUUGGAACCUGGAAGGAAAUAAACUUGUGGGCACAUUUACCAGAAAAGACAAUGGAAAAGUACUCAAAGCAUACAGAGAAAUUGUAGGUGAUGAACUUGUUCAGACCUAUAUAUAUGAAGGAGUCGAAUCCAAGAGAAUCUUCAAAAGGGGCUGAGCACUUCACCCAGAACAGCACCAGAAUGAAGGAGCAAUGAAAGAAGACCAUUUUCUACACAUCCUCUGCUGGGUUUUUUUCUAUUUUAUCCCCUCGCAGCAUCUCCUAAGCUGCAAUUACCUAGCCCUGGUGAAAAUGCAGGCUAGUUCCUUAUGUUACUGUUUUGCCUUGAAUAAAAAAAAAAAAAUCCAAUUACCAUAUGCUAAAAUGUCUUUCCCAAGUCCUACCCGAGUGCCAUAAGAUAAAGGGCUGCAGAAACUAUUUUGCAUAAGCAAAACUUAAAUAUCUUUGCACAGGUUAUCAAAUGGCAAGUUAGUUUCCUUACUAACCUUCUUUAGUAUUUAUACUGAGAAACAGUUUCUCUGUGUAUUGUAUGUUGUGUAAUAAGGAUGGCAAAACCUAAAAUAAACCUGACAA